AUGGCAGUCCGGCAUCUCCAUCUCCAACUUUGCUGGCAGGUUCCCAUCCGGAACUCUUCACAAUGCUUUGUUCGUAGGCAAAUAUCGAACCGGGGCUAUAGGCCCAUUGGAUCGCCCAUCCAAUGGAGCCGUACUCUUGCAACUCAAUCGAAUCCAAAAUCCGAGCCGCCCGCCAGCGAUGGCCCGACCUCAAAACCGCCCGCAGACUGGGAAGAUAAUCCCAACUUCGACAUCUCGAAAUUCUCACAAUUACCGCAUACAAAUUUCGGGGUUAAUCAGCACAUGCUAAUUAACGAUGAGUUCAAAGAAGCGUUGCGCCAGAUACUGUGGAAUUUCCGGGCUCCCAUCCGGUAUGCCUUUGCUUACGGCUCGGGUGUAUUUCCCCAAUCGAAGGCGAAGGCCACGCCCUCAAGUGCGACAUCAAUACACUCAAACCCUCCGUCUGCAGUAGAGAAAGCCCAAGGCGGGAACCCGAAAAUGAUUGAUUUUAUAUUCGGUGUCUCGUACACACAGCACUGGCAUUCCUUGAACCUCCAUCAACAUCGCGACCAUUAUUCCGCACUUGGUGCGCUUGGGUCCGGCGCCGUUUCAGCAGUGCAGGACAAAUGGGGCGCGGGAGUCUAUUUCAAUCCGUAUGUGACGGUUAAUGGGACACUGAUAAAAUACGGGGUGGUUAAUUUGGACACGCUGUGUACUGACCUUUCGGAAUGGACGACGCUAUAUCUGGCUGGCCGGUUACAAAAGCCAGUGAAAAUCCUCCGAGACGAUCCUCGAGUGCGGCUCGCGAACCAAGUCAAUCUUCUAUCCGCUUUGCGAACAGCACUCCUACUUCUCCCCCCAUCGUUCACGGAGGAGGAGCUGUACGGUACAAUAGCGAGCAUCAGCUAUAUGGGCGACCCACGAAUGGCUUUACCAACAGAAGACCCCUCCAAAGUUGCCAAUAUCGUAGGAAAUAAUCUCCCGAACUUCAGACGCCUCUAUUCACCCCUGAUUGAAAAUCUUCCGAACGUCGAUUUCAACGAUCCCAGAUGCUCAGACCCCGAAUGGGUUUCCGAUCCCUCCGCAAAUGUCCAAUUAACCCAGGACAUGGACCCCGUCAAGCGAGGAAACAUGGUUCGACGGUUACCGAAGGCUUUCCGCUCAAAACUCUAUUUCCAAUAUCAAAAGAAGUUUCAAAUCCCCCAGCUGGAAUUCAACAAGAUGCUCGAAGGCUCGAGUGAUGAAGACGCAACGAGAAUUCAUAGGAGAGAAGGUGGUGGGUUCGAGAGACGCAUUGCAAACCAACCGCCAGAAGACUUACGAGCGGAGGUUAGAUAUGCUAUUAAGAAGACUAUUGGAUGGCCAAGUACAGUUCAAAGUCUUCAAGGUCUAUUAACUGCGGGAUUUGGAAGGUCUUGGCGGUAUAUGAGUGAGAAGAUUGGGAAAUACCGGGAUGGGAAGAAAAAGGCCAAGGAGGAAAAGAAGGGGAAGGAGCAGUGA